UGCGUUCGUCUCCAGAGCGCUCUCUCCGCACGAAAAGUACUCGAACGGAUAAAAAAGUUUUAUAAAAAUAAAAACAUCAUUGCCGCAAAUAAGCUAACAAAAUAAGUAAACUUUUUAAAAGAAUAAAAGGUUUUAGUUUGCGAUUCAUAAGGAAUUGCCGUUCCGAAAAAAUAAAAAUUCAACUAUAAAAAGGAAGCAAGUAACAAGUAAAAAAGCGAAUGUACAAAUAAUAAGAAAGUAACAUUGCAAAACGAUUGCAGUAUGCGCAUUUAGGGUGAAGUUUUAUUACAAACGCAGUAAAAUUAUAAAUGCAGUUGGAGCUUAUUAUAAGUUAAAAAUGGAAUAGAAAAGUAUUGAGUAACAGAAAAGUGAAAAAAGUGUUUAUAAUAAAGAAACUAAUAUCGUUGUGUACCACAUGGAUCCGCAACUCACAAUAAUCUGUAGCUUACAAGGAACCAAUUACUUUGCACUCAACAAUAGCGACUUUUUCGAGUUGUUGUUGUCGUGGAGGGGCCACACAGCUUUAGAAUGAAAUGGAGAUGCAAAGCCACUCUGGUCACGGACCAACGACAACAACAUCAGCAACAGCAGCCAAUGCAACCGCAUAUGCAGCAGACACAGCAGCAACAUUCACCCAGCGACACUUCAAUUGUCGACUGGAAGAGGCGGCUGGGCCUGAGGUCUGGCAGCCGUUUAUUGACUGCGAAAGCGGCAACACUAACAGCAACAGCAACCACAUCCUGCCCACCAGCAACAUCCUCAUCAACGGCAGCAGCCACACAUUCCAGUGUGCCAGGCAGGCAUUCGAUAGAGCGGAGCAAUCGGCUUUCUAUAGAUGCGAUGGGGAGAGUCCAUUGUCUGAAAGCUGCACGUUGAGGCUGAAGGCGCGACUGUAUCAAGUGCCGUACGGGGCGUAUGAGCAAUUUCGACUGGCAAUCAACCGGGCCCUCAGUGAUAAUUCGAGUGAUAUACUUAGAGAUAGUUCGAGCUGCGAGGAUGGAGGGGAUUUACUGCAAUGCGAUCUGGGGCUGGCCCAGGAACUAUUCCUCUGUCAUUUGCAGCAGCAUCAGAGGGAGCCAUUUCGGGAGCUGGAAAGUGUGGAGGAGCCCCCCUUGAACGACAGUCUACUGGAAGCGUAUCAAAUCGAACUGGGCAACGAGCACGGCAGCCUCUGGUCCUUCCUCAACCUAAGCGAGCUAAUGGAACCCGGCAACGACACCUCGAGCAUCGUGAAUGCCACCAGCACCAGUUUGGACAUGAUUCUGUCCAACUACACAGCCUUGACCACAACAGUCGCCUCCACUGCAGGGACAUUGCCCGAUAUCGGGGUUACGAAGAGCCUCCUGGACUACAGUCCCACUGGCUACGAUUGGCUAUUCCUGUUCGUAGUGUUCUUCAUCUUUGCGGGGGGCUUGGGCAACAUCCUAGUCUGCCUGGCAGUGGCCUUGGACCGGAAGCUUCAGAACGUCACCAACUACUUUCUAUUCUCCCUUGCUAUAGCUGAUCUUCUGGUCAGUCUGUUUGUGAUGCCCAUGGGUGCCAUACCAGCUUUCUUGGGUUAUUGGCCACUUGGCUUCACUUGGUGCAACAUUUAUGUGACCUGUGAUGUGCUGGCCUGUUCAUCUAGCAUCCUGCACAUGUGCUUCAUAAGCUUGGGACGCUAUUUGGGAAUUCGAAAUCCUUUGGGCUCAAGGCAUCGGUCUACGAAACGAUUGGCUGGUAUUAAGAUAGCCAUUGUUUGGGUGAUGGCCAUGAUGGUAUCCAGCUCGAUAACAGUGCUGGGUCUGGUCAACGAGAAGAACAUUAUGCCAGAGCCCAACAUCUGUGUGAUCAACAACCGCGCAUUCUUCGUUUUUGGAUCUCUAGUAGCUUUCUAUAUACCCAUGCUGAUGAUGGUCACCACAUACGCUCUGACCAUUCCCCUUCUCCGGAAGAAAGCACGUUUUGCCGCCGAGCAUCCAGAAAGUGAACUCUUUCGCAGAUUGGGUGGGCGCUUCACCAUAAGGCCUCAGCACAGCCAGCAACAGUUGCAGAUGCAUAGCAGCUUCUCUAGCGGCAAUAGCAAAUUCAUGUCAAUGAGCGACAGCAAUCGCAACUUUAACAAUGCAGGAGGAGGAGUUGAUGAAGUAGCACCCACCAGGAACAGGAGCGAGGAGCCAUCCGAACGACUUUCGAUGCAGCGAAGAACGACGAGCACCAGGAGCAUCGGUACGGUCAGUUUCCGCAAUGUGGUUAAUGGCAGUGGCGGAGCCGGAGGAAGUGGGUCCAGGGGUCAGGGCACUGCCCGCAGCAGCUUCCGGUUCUCGGGCGGCAUCCUGCGGCACUCCUCGUCCCCCGCCUCGAGCAGCCACUCCACCAGCAAGUCGAGCAGCUUCUGGCGCAAACACGGCGGCAAUCCCAACCUAAUGGACAGCCAUCCUAAUCGACGAGCCUCCGUGCGUGUCAGCAUCUCUCAGCCGCAAUUGGGUUAUCCGACAAAUGAAAGUGGCAAUGGAAGCGGUACUGUUGGAACGAAGGAAGGUGAAGGUGGCAAUGGCUCAUCAGCUGCUACAACGAGCUGCUCAAAUCCUGGGGGCACCAGCAUGAUGAAAAUCGCCACCAUUCAGGGACCGACCCUCAUCCAGAGUCAGGGAGCUAGAGGUAAUCAUUUGCUGGAGCAGGUGAGGCCUACGGCUUCGAAACCUGACGAACGACAGCGCCAAAAAAUGCGACCCUUUAAGUUUGCUUUAAACCGCGUCGCCACCCCCACUCUCAAUUUACGUUUUCUAAACAAUCGUAGCAAGCGAAACAGCUUAUCGGCCAACGCGGUCGCCACGGAGCAGAAGGCUACCAAGGUGUUAGGUCUGGUGUUCUUCACUUUUGUUCUGUGCUGGUCGCCGUUCUUCGUCCUGAACAUUAUCUUUGCCGCGUGCCCCGAGUGCCAGGUGCCCGAGCACGUGGUGAACACCUGCCUAUGGCUGGGCUACGUUUCCUCGACUAUCAAUCCAAUCAUCUACACCAUAUUCAAUAGGACGUUCCGGGCGGCUUUCAUUCGCUUGCUGAAGUGCAACUGUGAACGUUCCGGACGCCCGCUGCGCUACCGCUCCGUGACGGAAGGACGAGGCGCCCUGAGCCUGUGUGCCCCCUCGGCCCUGCCGCUGGCCAUAUCCUUCCAAGGGGCGCCACUCAUGACGCCAUCCACAGCGAUCGCGACGCCAUUGAGCGAACUUCGGGCCAGCUACACAAUUACCGAUGACGAAUGCUGAGCCACUAUAACCCCCUUAAUACGAAUUUAUAAUGACGAGACGGCCAAAACGGAGUCAACUGUACUUACUAGCUGCUAGUCACAGGGAAAACAAACUUCAGGGAGACUCACGCUAACUUUUCUAAAAUCAAAUCACAAUCAAACUUUCGACUUUUGUAGAAACUUCGGAGCAAAACACUUAACAUAAAACUCAUCGCAUAUCAUUGUACUAUAUUAAAAGGAGAUACAAAAAAAUAUAAGUUGAUAAAUAGAAUAGGAAAGUUAGCAAGUGCAAUAAUAACAGUAUUUCACUUCCAUGUAUACAUUUUAGUUUUAGUCACCGCUCUAUUCAUAAGUAGAACAAAAAAAGUUAAAAAUAAACGAAAACUAUGAUUUCUGUAGAUUAACUUACGUAAAAGUAAUAGAAAUUACCUAUUGAAACUGUGGUUGGUAGUCUUUAGAACGUUAUGUGCCCAAACUGAAUAUGAGCAGAAAAAACCGAACAGCCCUUCUCAACCCUCUAGGUCAUUUUAACUGCCCCGAACGAUUUGAUGUUUAUUAUGUACAAGUUAAUACUGUAUAAAUGUGUCUUUCUGUAGUAGUUGGGCAACUUUUCGAGAACAAUAAUUCAACACUUAAACAAUAAAAAUGAGCCGCAAAACAAAUCCCUGCUUGCAAAGAUAUUUCCUUUUGAAGCCCAGACACAUAUAAGUUCUAACACAUAAAAAAACUUCGCGAUGAAAAAUAUCUCGUCCGUACUUGUAUUUGUUUUUUUGUAUUACUGUGGACUGUGGGCAGUCCACGUAGUGACAAAGCGCACCAGGGGAGUGUGCGAAGGCGACUACUAUAUAUAUAAAUAUCCUGGCCAUUUGCUUUAUCUUUGAUUUGGUGAAUGGUGGUAUCGACUGUCCUGAGCUACUCUCGAAAGUUGGUUUUAAUGCUCCUUCUAGGCAACUUCGGAAUUUUGAUCCCUUUUUUCUUGCUGAGGCGGACUAAUUAUUCCCAAAAUGAGCCUCUCUAUAGGGCUUUAUCUGAGUUUAACGCACUUCCAGCUGAUAUGCAGUCAGACUAUUUCCCAAAUAAAACCAUCUUUAAACAUAGGUUAAUUAAUUAUUUUGUAAAUGUUAGUACGUAAUAUAAUUUGUUGAACUGUAUAAGUAGCCAGUUAAGGUAUAUCCGUUGGCGAAAUAAAUAAAUAAAAAAAUAAAUAUGUA